GUCAGUCACCCGACUGUGAGCCAGUAAAAGGUCCCAGGUCUGUGAUCGCUUCCCAUUCUGCUGCUGUCACACUUCCUUCUGGAUCUUGCUUUAUAAUCUCCACCGUGAGUUCAAGCUGCUACACCUACCCUAGCCCGGUGGUUUGGUGCUUCUACCUCACGUGAGUGGCAGUCUCCUUUUGGCAACCCAAAAGACUAAGAAGCACCUGCUGCCUCCCAGACAAUGAGUCAGGAACAUCACAGAACUAUGAUAGAAGAAAAUUGCAAUCAGCUGAGAUGUCACUUCACAUGGGAGCUGGUGGUUGAAGACUCCGCAGUACCUGACUUAGAGAACAGAAUCUGGGAAGAGAUUGAGUUCCUAGACACCAAAUACAACGUGGGAAUAUACAACCUCCUGGCCUACGUGAAACACUUGCAAGGCCAGGAUGAGGACGCCCUGCAGAGCUUGAAUGAAGCCGAGGAUCUGAUCCACAGAGAGCAUGCUGACCUGUCAGACAUAGGCAGCCUGGUGACCUGGGGCAACUAUGCCUGGCUGUAUUACCACAUGGGCAGGCUAGAAGAAGCCCAGACUUACCUUGACAAGGUGGAGGACACUUGCCAGAAGUUUGCAAGCCGGUUUUGCUAUAGCAUGGAGUGUCCUGAGAUGGACUGUGCAGAAGGCUGGGCCUUGCUCAAGUGCGGAAGACAGAACUAUGUGCGGGCCAGGGCUUGCUUUGAAAAAGCUCUGCAAGUGGAGCCUGAAAACCCUGAGUUCAGCACUGGAUAUGCCAUCACUCUCUAUCGCCUGGAUUCUGAUCCCAACAAUGUUAUUUCUCUAAACCCCCUAAGGCAGGCAGUUAGGCUCAAUCCAGCAGAUACUUACAUUAAGGUCCUCCUUGCCCUGAAGCUCCAGGAUGUAAACCAAGAAGAUGAAGGAGAAAUGUACAUUGAAGAAGCUCUUGGCAGCACAACCUCCCUGAUGUACAUCCUUCGAUAUGCAGCCAAAUUUUACAGAAGGAAAGGCUGUGUGGAGAGAGCUCUUGAGCUCCUUCAAAGGGCCUUGCAGGAAACUCCUUCCUCUGCCUUCCUACACCAUCAGAUAGGGCUCUGCUACAGGUCACAAGUGUUCCAAAUAAAGAAUCAAACAAGCAGAGGGCCUAGAGGGCAAAAUAGAGAAAAUAUAAAUAGCUUAGUUCAGCUGGCUAUACAUAAGUUUCAAAGGACAUUAGCACUGAAGCCUACGUAUGAGUUGGCCUAUGUUGACUUGGCUGAAAUGCAUGCAGAAAUAGGUCAAUACAGAGAGGCAGAAGACAAUUUUCAAAGAGCAUUAAACAUGAACAACUGUGCUGAAGACAAGCAGCAAGAGAUUCAUCUUCGCUAUGGCAACUUCCAACAAUUGCACCAGAAUUCUGAAGAUAAAGCCAUCACUCAUUAUUUAAAAGGACUAAAAAUCAAGGAAAUUUCCUAUGCCAGGGGAAAGCUCCUCAAGGCUUUGAAGCAACUGGCUGAAAAACAUCUUCACCACAACAUACAGAUUGUGGAAAGCCUCAGCCUCCUUGGACUCGUCCACAAAUUGCAAGGGGACAUGAACAAGGCCCUAGAAUGUUAUGAGAAGGCUCUGAGGCACACUACUUUUCUGAACCCUGACUUCUAAAGAACAGCUCAUUUCUAACUUAAUACAACUCCUAUGCAUUGUUUCGAUCUCUCACAACAAAGCCAUAAAUGGCAACCAGCACUCACAUUUAGUCUCAGUGUUAAAAAUUCAGCAGCUAUAAACACAUUUUCCUCACAUAAAAUCCAGGGUCAGCCUCUGGAAAAAACUUUCUCAAUCUAGGAGGCAAAAGCUGAAGUUAACUGCAUACAAAUGAACUCAAACAAUAACUGAUCCAGACAGACACUGCAAUUGUGGAAUUAAGGAUCCACUUUAUUUUUCUUUUUUUACAUAAAGAAUAUGAUACAGACCAGUCAGGAUCGAACAUUCUCUGAACAUUUGCAUCCAUUGUUUGCAUAAAGAAUCUGAGUGAUAACUUUUGGUGGGAAUUCUUUUAUUCACUGCUUCUUUCCCUUUGUUUGAGGAAGGCUGCCAGAACAUAUGUGGUAAAUUGCUCCUGGUUGAAGCUAUAUCUCCAAUUGAGUUCAAGUAGAUGAUCUCAUAAACCCUUUCCUAUAUAUUUCCGGUUCCAUUUCCAGGUUUAUUCCUAAAGAUUCUGGACCCAAGAACCCACCCUGGAAACAAUUUGAAUCAACUUGAGCCAACUGGACCUGGACCAGCUUCAACCAUUUUCCUUAUAAUUUUCUUUUGGGAUGAAUAGCUUUAGUCUGUUGUCCUGGAAAAAAGAAGACUACAA